UUCGUACACUGUUGCUGAGUUGCUGCUCGAGACUUGGACGGCCAUCGGUGGGUACCCGGUGAUUGUUUUUAGCGCGGAAGUGCGACACUACGAGCUUCCGGCAAAAUGGAGUGAACAAGCACCUUCGGUUCUUUUUGCAGUCUCAAAUACAGCCAGGUAUGUCAGUUCGGCCGUCGGCGGCAGCGCCCUCUCUACCGAGCGUCCGUUGACACGUAGUGCCUUUGCUUGCUUGUUUAUCUUGGCUAUCAAUCAGCAUGCUCGUGAUUCCCGUUAUCAUGUCGUGCCUCGUGAUUGUGGUAGCCAUCGGAAGUGUUGAAGAUUGGUGCAGAAACGAACGAGAUUUUUGUGCCACCCUGCCUCUAAUCCCGCCGAGCGGGAUCCGGUAUCCAGGAUGAGUCACAACCCGUACGGACCCGGGGGUGGAUACCAGCAGUAUCCGGCCCCCGGUCAGUCCGGGUAUCCGGGAGCCCCGCCGAAUACGGGUAAUCCGUAUCCGGGAAAUCCAGGGUAUCCGGGAUAUCCGGCCCCGGGCGGUGCGCCGGGAUAUCCUAGCCAGCCGGCGGGAUAUCCGCCACAACAGCCAGGCUAUCCAGGUCAAGGAGGUGGAUAUCCAGGUCAAGGCAGCGGAUACCCUGGCCAAGGCAGCGGAUAUCCUGGCCAAGGUGGCGGGUAUCCUGGCCAAGGGAGUGGAUAUCCUGGUCAAGGAUCUGGCUAUCCUGGACAACAACCAGCGGCUGGUGGAUAUCCUGGUCAACAACCAGCGGCAGGUGGAUAUCCUCAGCCUGGAUAUCCACCUCAAGGAGGAGGAAAUCCUCCACAGCAACCGAGCGUUCCAGGUCAGGGGCCUGGCUAUCCGAAUCCGCAGCCUGGAUAUCCAAGUCCACAGCCUGGAUUUCCAGCCCCUGGAGGCGGAUAUCCUCCAGCACCUUCAAGUGGAAAUCCGAGCCAGCCGGGUGGAUAUCCAAGUCAACCUGGCGGACAACCAAGCCAGCCUGGCGGAUAUCCAAGUCAACCAGGCGGACAACCAAACCAGCCAGGGGGUUAUCCAGGUCAGCCAGGUGGAUAUCCAAGUCAACCAGGCGGACAACCAAGCCAGCCAGGGGGUUAUCCAGGUCAGCCAGGUGGAUAUCCAAGUCAACCAGGAGCACAACCAAGCCAGCCAGGGGGUUAUCCAGGUCAGCCAGGUGGAUACCCAAGUCAACCAGGUGGAUACCCAAGUCAGCCAGGUGGAUACCCAAGUCAGCCGGGUGGAUAUCCAAGUCAGCCAGGCGGAUAUCCGGGUCUAGGCACCAACUAUCCCCUUCAGGGAGCGAAUGUCAGCCCGCAGCUGGGAUCAUCCAGGGGUGGAAAAGGAGAUCCAUACCACUCCAGCAACACAAACUACCUGGAUAAGACCCACGGCACCAUCCGGCCAGCGGCCGGGUUCGAUGCCGCUGAAGAUGCCAGCAAACUUCGCAAGGCGAUGAAGGGUUUCGGUACCAACGAGCAGGCCAUCAUUGAUGUGCUGUGUAAGAGAAGUAACGCCCAGCGGCAGCAGAUCAUGAUUGCCUACAAGUCGGGCUAUGGACGGGACCUGCUGAAGGACCUGAAGUCGGAGCUGGGCGGCGACUUCGAGGACGUGAUCCUGGCGAUGAUGAUGCCGCCGUACGAGUUUCUGGCGCAGCAGCUACACUCGGCGAUGUCGGGCGCGGGGACGGACGAAGAUACCCUGUUUGAGACGCUCUGUACACACACCAACGCAGAGAUUAACGGCAUCAAGGCGGCGUAUGCUAACAUGUACGGCAAAUCGUUGGAGGAUUCCGUGAGGAAAGAAUCCAGUCAUAAUUUCAAAUUGCUGCUUACCGCCCUACUUCAGGCGAACCGCGACGAAUCCAACCAGGUUGAUAAGGCCAAGGCAGCAAACCAGGCUAUGGCUCUCUACAAGGCUGGUGAAAAGAAGACCGGCACGGACGAGGAAGCCUUCACCGUGAUCGUCGCCACGCAGAGCCCCGCCCAGCUUCAUGCCAUAAUGGCAGAGUACGAGAAUAUAUCCAAGAAGACUCUGUUGGAUGCUGUAAAGUCGGAGACAAGUGGCGAUUACCGUCAGGCGCUGCUGGCUGUCUUGAAGAGUUCGCUAAACCGCCCGGCCUACUACGCGGAGCGUAUCAAGGAUACUAUGAGCGGAGCGGGCACCCGCGAUUCGGACCUGAUUCGUCUGAUCGUGUCCCGGUCAGAGUACGACCUGGCCAACAUUAAACAGGAGUACCUGCGGAGAUACGGCCAUGCCAUGGAAAAGGAUAUUUCGGGAGAGACUUCCGGCGACUACAAAAGGGCGCUGGUGAUGUUAGUGGAAGGCAACUGAGAGCUGAGCCCGUCAAGGAUCCGGUCUCCUUCCGUACUCCACUGCGUGCGGUGACGUCACAAAAUAUAUUCGACGCAGCUUAUUGUGACAACCUUAUGCCGCUUGAUCAGCGCAUCAAUGUCUAUCCAAUCUAUAAAAUGAUGUAUGAAAAAAAUGAAAGAAUCGAUGGGAUAUGUCUGAUUCUGAAGAUAAGCCGCGCAAAACAGUGUUUUGUCGUGUUGAUACGUUAAAUUUGCUGAUUUGUUCAUUUUAUACGAUUAAAAAACUAUGAUUGCAUCAAUGCUAAGGCCAUAAAUCUAGUAAAAGCCUGCUCGUUUUUCCGGUGCUUUGAAAAUCUGGUGGUCUGGUGAUACUGAUUAGUAUGGUUUUUGGAAGCGAUAAGGAGUGGUUAUAUGUAAUUGGCUGGAGCGAUACUAGUAGUGCUUAAAGGGACCCUCCCACCUUAACAUUAGAUUUGAGUUGAGAUAGCCAAAAUGGGGUCCCUGGCUCACAAUUACCGGUUUCGGCACUCACAACAUCGAGAAAUGCCUUAAAUCGGAAAUAUUGAAUUUCAAAAUUGCAGCAUUUUGAUUCAGAGGGGCUAAUGCUUAGGAAUACCCCUCUGAAUGUGUGACGUCAGCGCAAAUAUCUAACGAUUUUUAAAUGUUUGACUAAAACGUUUUGUAGCACGCGGUGGUAUAUGCUAUUUGCGCGCAACAUCUGCCGCAAACGCCGCACUUCUAAAAUAAAGUCGCUAGAAACAGCGGAGAUCCCAAAAAAAUAAACAAAAGUAAAAGUCUAAUAUCUUGAAAACGGGUGAAUAUUUUUCGGUGAAAUUUGGUAUAUAUUCGUUUUCGCUCUUUCUGAACCGAGUGACAUCACUUUCAUGCCAAUUCAUAAACUUUUUUGAAGGUGGGAGGGUCCCUUUAAGAAUUGCGUCCGUAUUUGUUUGAAAAUGGGAAAAAGUUGUUGCUUUUCCGUGUUCAAGUCCAGAGCAUGUUUAUGUGUCCAAGGCGAACGCGUGGAUGUUGCAAUCGAUCGUGAAUAUUUUUCUCUUUUUUUUUUCUUAGAAGUAACUAAUUUGCUUUUGUUUCAAAUGAGAUGCGUGUUUCAAAAAGAUCAUGUCCACCGUCUACCGUCUAGUCCCAUUGAUUUUGAUGGCGGGUCGCUUCUUCGUUGAAGGUGAAUAAAUUGUGGUAUUCGUUUAGCGCCUGCGGCGAAAUGCAAAGUUCCCCUUGAAGUUAGAUUCGUUGCUUUGGCGUCAUGAGUUCUCUCUCUAGGCAGUCUUAUGCUCCAACUUAUUACAAAAGAAAACGACCAAUUUUCCAGUGCAAGCUGUUCGACUUUCUCACAAUAGCCGUAACGAAUCCAAUGCCUCGGAAUGUUUUGCAUUUCUCGUUAUUCAGUGCCUGUGACAGCUUGCCGGAUAAUUGUAUGCUUUUAACAGCAGUGCCAAUAAACGUGGCUAUUUUCGGACAAUAAAAGGUGCCACUACAA